AUGUUGGGGGUGUUUACCGCCCUCCCCGCUGCGCUGCCGAUGUUUUCUGCAAUUUGUCGGCCCAUUUUCAUGGAUGGAUUCCCCGACGGAGUUGCUGGGAACGCACAACCGUGGCCGCACCUGCGGGAUCCUGGACGCCCUGGGACGCUCGGCGAGCUUGAGGCCUUCUUGACCUCCACGGCAAAAUUGAGUGAGAAUCCUACCCGCUUUUCCACCUCCUUCUGCGGCGCGCUGGUGCUGGCAGGUCGGAGCUUCCGCGAGGCCUCGGCUGCUGCUAGGGUCAACGCGCUGCAGAUCAUGAAGGAGCGGCAUGCGCAGCGCCCUGGAUGCGAGGAAUAUCUCCUGGUCGAGUUUGGUCGUGAUGAUGACGUGCCCGCGGUGUCCGGACACGCAUGGAAUGGACCGAAGGAGCUUCCUCCAGGAUGA